AUGGCAACCAGGAUAUUGUUUGUCGGUCUUGGCAAUUACAACCUUCCCAACACUCGCCACAAUGCGGGUAUGAUGAUCUUGGACCACCUUGCCAAUGCUCUUGAAUUGCGAUGGAUUCCACACAAGCCUUGGAAAGCAACGAUUGCCCAGACGACCUUGAGUCUUCCAUUCGAACCAAAGCACCCUGAUCAGCAAAAGCAGGUCGAGUUGACGUUAUUGAAACCAAGGUUACUUAUGAAUGUCUCUGGUCCUUCGGUUGCACGAGCUGUGCGUGAUCUAUCCAUCCCUGGUUCAAGUGUGUAUAUAUUCCAAGAUGAUUUACAGCGUGAAUUGGGCAAGGUAUCUCUCAAGGCAUCUGGAUCUGCGAAUGGUCACAAUGGCAUCAAAUCGGUGAUUGAUCAUCUUCGAAGCGAUGAGUUUUGGCGUGUUCGUUUGGGUGUUGGUCGUCCUGAAUCAAGAGAUGUCAAUGACGUGAGUGACUAUGUGCUCUCCAAAUUCACUCCCCCCGAGGUGGCAUUGCUCGAACAAAAAGUGUAUCCAUUGCUUGGCGUGGGUCCUGGUCUUGGAUUGGAAACACUGGUGAUAAAACAACAAUUAUGGCGACCACCACAACCACCCAAGAAGAAGAAGAAAAAGCAAAAAUCACAAGAGGAAUCCCCAUCUGAAAGUGAAGUCGACCUUGGAAAGAAGGAAGGUACCUCGCCGUCAUCUGCUGAGGACGAAAAGGCAGCAACCACCGCAUAA